CAGAAAUUAUUUAUCGUUAUCGUUUAUUGUGUUGAUAAUACAGUUCUGUUAUUAAUCACCCUUUGUGGGGUUCUUAUUAUAUCUGUAAAUUGUGAUCACCAAAUCAUCAAUUUGGUUCUGGAAUUUGUCCUCAUAUUAGGAAAAUGACAUCAUAUGUGCGAGCAUUGUAUGAGUUUUCUGGGGAGCCAGGAACAUCCGAAAUUUCCAUUGCAGUUGGUGAAGUUUUACAAGUUCUUCGAACAGAUGUGGGCGAAGGCUGGUGGGAAGGUAAAAAUUCUAAAGGAGAAGUGGGUCUGUUUCCUGCUGCUUAUGUUGAAGUCAUGUCCGCGGCUGAAGCUAAACCUCAUCAACAGCCUGCCAUUUCUCAAAAUUUAUCUUCGGAUGCACCUAAUGCUGGCCGAUACGACUCAAUGGCUGAUGACUAUAAUGAUGGUGAUGACUGGGAAGAUGAUUGGGAUGAUGAUAAUGACACUUAUUCCGAAAUUGGGCCGAGUAAUAACAGUUUAAAGCAACAUGAUAAACAUAUGACACAUUCGUCAAGCAAUUACGAUAACAAAAAUCUACCUGCUACUCCCAGCGAAGAUUUCUUUCAAUCUUCGGUGUCGGGGAAUAACAACACAUCAACCCUUAAAAAAUCUAGCAUGUUUGGUAAAAGCUCUGAUUCUUUUAUCCUUGGUCUUGGAAAUAGGGAUAGAUUGCCAGACAACGAGUUGAUCUAUAUUGUGCCUUACGAAAAUUUUUACCAGUGGCAGCCCAAUUAUCAAUCCUAUUCUGUCAUAGUUGCCAGUCCUAAAAAGGAGACGAAAUUCAAAGGCAUGAAAACCUUUAUAGCAUACCAGUUGACGCCAAGUUUCAAUAAUAUAUCAGUGUCUCGACGUUAUAAGCAUUUUGAUUGGCUACACGAGAGACUGGUGGAAAAAUUUUGUUUGAUUCCAAUUCCACCUUUGCCAGAUAAACAAAUAUCGGGAAGAUAUGAGGAACAGUUUGUAGAGCAUCGCCGCGUUCAAUUGCAAGAAUUUGUAGAUUGGGUAUGUCGACACCCGGUACUUUCUAAAUGUGAAGUUUGGCAUCACUUUUUAACUUGUACUGACGAAAAAGUGUGGAAAUUGGGUAAAAGGAAAGCAGAACGCGAUACAUAUGUGGGAAUCACCUAUUGCUGGGCUAUUUCGCCACCAGAGAAGCAGUUACUACAAUCUAAUGUAGACCUCCAAAUGGAAAGCUGCUCCCAAUUUAUUCAUUCCAUGGACAUAUCUGUACGAAAUUUAUUGACAAUUUCCAACGAGAUGGCCAAAAAAUAUCAAACUCAAUCAAAAAAGGAAUUUCAACGCAUCGGCGAAGGAUUAACAGAUUUAUCAAGAUCCAUUGCAUUCGACGAAAAACGAUCUUCAUGUGGAGACAAGUCACUUGCGGAUUGCGUUUCAAAGAUUGGAGAUAUAUUUUGCGUAAUAGGACAUCAAUUUGGUGAGCAACCAAAGUUGGAUUGGGUGCCGUUUUCCGACAGAUUGCAUAUAUAUAGGGGCGUAUUAAACUCUUUUCCUGACAUUUUAUCGAUUCACAAGGGAGCAAUGCAGAAGCGAAAAGAAUGUGAACGCCUUGCCGCCGAACAAAAGAUGAGUAACUCACAAAUUGUUGAUGUUAACCGUCGUACAGACAUUGUGUCGUACGCAGUUAUGGCGGAAAUGUCGCAUUUUAAAAUUGAGCGCGAAACUCACCUUAAGCAAACACUAAAAUCUCUAAUAGAGGAGCAAAUAAAAUUUUACUCCGGUAUAGUUUCAAAGCUGCAGGACGCCUACGCACAAUUUGAUUGAAGCCACAAAUUAUUCCUUUUAUUGUUUACAUACGAAAAGAUCGUUCUUAUUAUUCCAAUAUCUAAAUAGGAAAUCUAUUUUUUUAAAUGUAAUUUAUACAUAUUUAUUUAAGGCGCUAAUAAAAGUGAGUAAACGAAUAAAACUA